CCUCGACCACUGGGCGCGGCGGUUCGUUGGGCGGCGGACAGUUUCCUGGGACCGGUCUAAAGUCAAGGGGCCCAAAUCACCUGUUCACUGGCUCACACCCUUACCUGCCAUCCCUGAUCACAGCCAUUAUGCCUCGUGGUCAGAAGAGUAAGCUCCGUGCUCGUGAGAAACGCCGCCAUAACAGAGAUGAGACCCGAGGUCUUAUGAGUGCUCAGGCCACCACAGCAGAGGAGGAAGAGACCAGUCCUUCCUCCUCUCCUGUUUUUGGGGAUGCUCCCUCAGGCUCCCCUGUUCCUGGCACUUCCCAGGAGCCCCAGGAAGGUGUGGCCACCACCAGUGCUGCUGCAGGUGUUUCACGCCCGAGAUCUAAUGUAGGUGCCAAAAGCCAGGUUGAGGAAAAUAAAAAUUCCUCUCAGGCCUCAACUUCUACUGAGAGUGCUAGCAAAGAUCCUCUAACCAGGAGGGUGGGGAUGUUGAUGCAGUUCCUGCUGUAUAAGUAUAAAUUGAAGGAGCCCAUUAAAAAGGCAGACAUGCUGAAGAUCAUCAACAAAAGGUACAGGGAGCACUUCCCCGAGAUCCUCCGGAAAGCCUCCGAGCGCAUGGAGCUGGUCUUUGGCCUAGAAUUGAAGGAAGUCAAGCCAGGCGGUCACUCCUAUACCCUCGUCAGCAGCCUAGACCUCACCGGUGAUGGCAGUGUGAACAGCGCCUGGGGCUUUCCUAAGAAUGGGCUUCUCAUGCCUCUCCUCGGUGUGAUCUUCUUGAGUGGCAACUGCGCUUCUGAGGAAGAUAUCUGGGAAUUCCUGAAUAUUUUGGGUAUCUAUGAUGGAAGGAGGCACUUCAUCUUUGGGGAGCCCAGGAAGCUCAUCACCCAAGAUUUGGUGCAGGAAAAGUACCUGGAAUACCGCCAGGUGGCCAACAGUGAUCCUCCACGCUACGAGUUCCUGUGGGGCCCCAGGGCCCACGCUGAGACCAGCAAGAUGAAAGUCCUAGAGUUUCUGGCCAAGAUCCAUGAUACCGUCCCCAGUGCCUUCCCGCCGCAUUAUGAAGAGGCUCUGCGAGAUGAGGAAGAGCGAGCCCGAGCCACAGCUGGGGCUGCCUCUACUACCAAGGCCGGUGCACGUUCCCGGGCCAAGUCCAGCCGCUCCUCUCGUCCCUAGACAGGGCUGAGGCAGAUUCUUCGCUUUGUUGUUGGAAAGGCCUGUUAACUAGUGUUCCUGAUAAGCACAAAUAACUUGCUAUCUUUUUGUUUGUUUAUUUACAUGUUUCAAGCAGUGUUCCUUUCAACAGAAAGUUUAUUUAGAUUCAGAAUAUAAGUUUAUGAGUGACAUGGAUCACACAUUUAUUGCUGUUUAUCAGGUUUAGGAGUAAGAGUUUGUUUUUGUUUUUGUUUUUUUGAAAUACAAAUUAGAAAUCCUUAAGUCACUUUUGUGAUCCGGAGCAAGCUAACAUGGCUUUAGGAUAGGAAUAUCCUUGGAAAAGUGAGAGUUCCACACUAAAAUAGUUGGGAUCAGAAGGUAGAUAGAUGGAUGGAUUAAUGGAUGGAUGGAUGGAUAGAUAGAUCGAGUAAAAAUUGGUUAAUUCUUGGUUUGUCUUACUUUUUGUAAAUUUAAAAGACAUACCUCAAUUUGUUUAUGUUUGUCAAGAAUGUUUAAGAAUAUAAAUCAUAGUG